AUGAUGGGAAGCGAGAAAUUGAAGCAGCUAGUGAUCGGGAUAUCGAAGCACCCUCACUGCUUCAAAAAUGUCGCAACCUUGCCCGUUUCUUAUCAGGCCAACGGCAAGGCGUGGAUGACGCAGUCCAUUUCCAGGGAAUGGAUUUAUAGCGAGGAUGCACGGUUCUCGCGAGACAAAAGAAAAGUUUUAUUCCUCGUCGAUAACUGCCCUGUACAUGGAAAUGUGGCGGGUCUGAAGUCCAUACAAUUGGAAUUUCUGCCAGCAAACACCACAGCACUGCUGCAGCCUAUGGAUCAGGGUGUGAUCCAAGCGCUCAAGUCGCGCUUCCGCAAGAACCUUCUCCGGAGGAUGCUGUUAUGCAUGGACAAAGGGAACGACUACAGGGUCGAUGUACUGCGCGCCAUUUACCCCCUUGAUGAUGGUUGGCGGCAGGCGAGUGCAACGACCAUUGCCAGCUGCUUCAGACAUGCACGGUUUGCCUCAGCUACAGAACACUGCACACAGGAUGAGCUUGAUGUCCAAGAUGCAGCCGAAGAAGAGCUGCUACUGGUGAAUUGUGCUGCGAUGGGCAUUCAAUUUGAUGAGUAUGUUCAAAUUGACAGUGAUGUGGCAACAUGUCCGGAAAACACCGUGGAGAGCAUUGUAGCUGAUGUCUGUCCCCCCGAUGAAAGCGAAGACGAGGAUGAAGAAGUCGAACACGAGACUGCCGACUCUGAUCCUGUGGUGACACCUGCGCAGGCGGAAUCGGCAGUCCAAAUGCUUAAGAGUUUCUUCCGACGAGAAGAAAGUUCUGAGCUGUUUUUGAGCAGCCUGUCUAGUAUGAGUGGUGCCAUUCAAAGAAAACGGCUGCGAGAGCUCAAACAAGCAAACAUAAAGUCCUUUUUCACAAGCCAAUAA